GGUGAAAAAAGUUUGAUUUCCGCGUGUCAUUAAAAAAAACCAACCCAAAGUUUGUGUAGUUGAGAGGAAGAAGAAGAGGGCGAUGACGUACCUGGCCGCUGCUGCGCUGCUUCCACUCGGGAACAAGUUCAGACGCUCGGUCACAUGACGCCAACUCCGGGUCGCGAGACACUUCGCUGCAAGGUGCCGCCGCCGCCGCCGCCUCUCCACCGCGAACACACCUCGGGAGGACUGUUCCAUUUUCAAAAGAAGGGACUGUUUUUGUUCUGUUUGUACACAUGCUGAAGUUGAAGGAAACGUUUGACCUGCACCGGGAUGUGGUGUCGGACGUCCUCAGGAAGGAAGCGUCCGUGUGCCGGGUGGAAGAAUACUCCGGCGCAGUGGACGCUCGCAUCCUGAACAUCGAGAGUGACGGGGGCAUCCUUUACUCUUGGAAGGGAGCAACAGCGACCACUAGGAUCGGGAAAUAUGACUCUAACACCAAACAGAAUAAGCUCCUGUACUCAUUUGACAAGCAGGUGUGUGUCAGCAGCUGUUCCCUGAACAAGGAGGAGACGCUGUUGGCUGUCAGCCUGGCACAAAACACCAGAGGGGAAGAGCGCCUCAGACCAAUAUCAAAGUGUCUAACUCUCCUGAUUGAGAUCCAUCCCAUCAACAACACUAAAGUCCUCAAGGCAGUUGACUGCAGGGUCAAAGUUCAGUUCCUCCACCAAGACACGGGCAGGAGAUCAGUGCUGGAGAGCCACCUCCUCCUGCUGACAGAAGACGGAUAUGUGGAUCUGUACCAUGUUCUGCUGACCAAGUAUGAGGGCUAUAGAGUGGUGAUGGCGAACCCUGACCGUCUGUCCAAGACAGUGGAGAGAAUAGUGGAGGAUUUAAGUUGGGUCCAGUGGGACGGACACACACAGAGACUCUACUAUCUCACACACAAGGACGAGUUCCUGCUGCGAUGUGUCCAGUUUUAUCCCAACCAUAACUGUGAAACUGUCAUGGAGCUCCCAUUAGAGCUGCCUGAUAAUCCUUUCCACACAGUCAAGUUUGUAAGCCUGGGCUUUGACCAUUACCACACGGAGAGAGCAGAGCCGGAGCUCAUUAGCAUGAACGUGUUCACAAACAGAAUAGAAAGAAGCGUGUGUGUGUGCUACAGCCAACCUCUUAAAGACAAACAGGAACUGAUGUACACCAUGGUCUUAGUUCACAAAGACUGCAGCAAGACGUUCAGAGUAUCUCUGGGCGGCGAGCAGUCGCAGCAGAAAGCCAAGGAGCUCCAUCCGCUCUUCAUCCCCAUGGGUUACUACAUCCUGGUGUAUCUGCAGGACCAUUUCCUCCACUAUAUCAACACCCGACAGGAGGAGAUGCUCUGUCACUCCCUCUUCCUCUCCGGUCACGAUGUGGACCUGGGCAUGCAGUGUCAUCCGGCUGACGUCACCGUGUUGCACGCAGAGGAGGAGUCUUGUGGGAGUCUGCUGGACGUGGCCAGUGGGAAGAUCCACGCUGCCGAGCUCAGCCCCGCCUACCUGCUACAGAUCCUGCGAUCGCACACAUCCUUCAGGUGUCCCAGUGCGGGUCCCCCUCAGCACCUGGCCGCCCUCCACUGCCUGCUGGUUUACAUGGGAAACGACCCAAACCUGGAGCUGAAGAUUAUUGAAUGGCUGUGUGACAACGUGAGCGCCUUCGAAGCCUUUGAUCAGAUCCAGGAGUUCAUUCUAGCCUCUUUGUACAGAAUAAGCUACGAGAAGUCUCUCAGCCUGGAUAAAGUCCUGCCUUACUCGUCAGUAUUCGACAAGAAGGAGGUACCAGUGUGUCUGCUGGAGAUCCCCGGUGUCCUGUGUACCACUGAGCUGCAUAUUGAGGCUGUAUUAAAAGGGAAGGGUUUCUGGACAGAGCUGCAAUGGAACACUGAGAGGACAAAAUAUCUGCACGCUGUUCCCAACCCGAGAUACAGAACCUCACACAUACAGGCUGACUGGGAUAAACUGAAGUCCGAGAGGAGACCGUCCAGCCACAUGAAUCACAUUGAGGAGAACACAAAGAAAGUUCUGUCGAUGGUGGAUACCUGGUGCCUCGAUAAGAAGCUGGUGCCACUGUUCCAGGAGGAGGACCAUCAACAGAGGGUGCUCAUCGGCCUGACGGUUGACAAGCUUCGAGAGCAUCUCAACAGACACCUGCCUCGGCUGGGGAAGAAGAAGGCCGACUCACUGGUCGUCUGCUACGUAGCCAAACUGCUGGAGCUCAUCAGACACAUGCUGGAGUCAGUCUGGCUGAAGUACAAACUCGGCCCUCGUGCUCUGUGCUUGAAACAGCAGGGCAGUCAAGCCGAGUGGUCCGUGUUUCACUUCAUGUUUCGGGUCCUGGAAGCCACGAGGGGGCUCUGCCUGCCACUCCCACCUGGCUAUCACACCCUUUUAGCAGUGUUCGCUGUGCGUUGCCUCCCUCACCAGACCUUCCUACAGUACAUCGAUCACGGCUUCCUGCAGCUCACCGAAACCUUUUUGUCUCGGCUCAUGACAGAUUUGGACAACAGUGAUGCCAACGAGAGACUCAAGUUCAGCAUACUGAAGAGACUACCUCAGCCUAUGAAGCAGAGGAUCUACCAUAUGUGGGAUCAUCCCGUCAGUUCCGCGUCCAUCUCCAGAGAGUACGUCAGGACUCAGCUGGAGAAACGCUACAAAAACAAGGGAUUUGCAUCCACCAGCAGAGAUAAGCCUGGUUUCAGACCCGACUUUCUGCCUCUUACCUACCUGGCAAAAAUACUCGCGGAUAUAGAGGAACAAGCCCUGAACCCUUUCGAGGAGCAGGAGAACGUGGACGCCAGCUUCGUGGAGGAGACGGCUCUGAAGCAGACACUAAUACUGCUGGGCUUUGAGGAAAAAUGAAGAAUGUGGAGGAGGGCGGAGGGGCGGAGAGGGACGGCGGACGGAUGGAUCGCGGGAGAAACAGAUGAGGGGGAAAAUGCAUUUGAGAGCACAGUCAUCAUUGACUGGGCCUUGAGGACAAGUAACAGAUGGGUGGAUGGUGGAGGGGCCAGCAGUGAAGGAUGAAUGAAAAGAUUGAAAGGCAGAGCGCUCAUAAACAAGCUCUGGCUGGUUGAUGACAAAUUAGGGUGCGGCGGCGAGAUAGAUGGAUGAAGCAGGUCCAGAAAGGAAAGAUGGAGGGGACAAUGGGAGGCAGGACGGAUGAAAAGUAUAGUCUUUUAUUAGAAAAUCCAGAGGCGUGGGCGGAAUAGGAUGAACAGUGCUCAAAAUUAAAACACAAUAGGGAACACAGUUGGUGGUUUAUCUCAAUUUUUGGGAAACAUUCUUUGGAAAUAUUUAUUGAAAAUCGAUAAAUGCAGGCAGCUAUUCGUAUUAACUCAAUUUCUGGAGCAGCAACUGUUCACUCCAGAGCUCCCCCAACUAUGAAAGUUCAUCUCUUGUACGAUUUAUGAACAUCAACGUCAAAUCCGGCGAAUGGCAUUUAUAAAUCAAACGCCCUUGUUUAUCCCCCGGUGCUUCCUGUAAUGCCGCUGCAGCCCAUCAACUUGAUUACACACUGACAAAGGCGCCGCAGCCAGGGCGCCACGACGUGGACAGUCAGUGGCUGCUUUGCAUCCAAUCUGAUUUCAUCCCUGAGUUCUACAGAAUCCCUGCAGGGAAAAGGGAGACUUGGUUGUUGUGAUAUUUGGAUGAUCAUAAUUAACAUGGACUCUUUAUGGGCGAUUUGCCGAUUAUUCCUUUACACACCAAAUCUAAAUCGGGGGAUUACGUGAAGAGCGGCAGAUUAGCAAGAAGGAUUUCCCAGCUGUGAGAUGUCCAAGAUGUGGAUUAACCAAAAGUGGAAAAAAAUUCAGGAAAUGUGUGAAAUAUUAAAUUCUCACUCUUGUAUGGAAAAUAAGGGCUGGGUACAUACACAUGCACGAAAUGUUUGAUGCUAAUGCUGGUUUGAUAUCCAUGUUUCAGUACAUCACUGGGCCAGUCCACAAUCACAGUCUGUCCAGUUAGUCCUGUCGUUUAUUGUGGGUGGCGCUACACUAUGUUUUUCUACACUAUGCAUGUAAGAUUAUCUUGUAAUUGCCACUUAUAUUUAGCGUUUGAUACACUGUGCAUCAACGCGUACCAAAAAAAGUAUUGACAACCAGUCAUACUUAAAAAUCAAUGCAAUGACACAUGAGGGUGAAACAACAGACAAUCGCUUCUAUAGCACGAUGCUGAAAUCGAUCAGAAAAAACUUUACAAACUAUAAAAUCAAACUAAAUAGCAGAGGCUUAAUAAGGCAAUAGGAGCUGGAAUUCCAAAAAGGGAAAUGAAUGGAAGGUCAUUGGCUCACUCUGUGCACACGCUCAAACAUCUGGCUUGUAUCAGGUAAACGUGCGCCGUCAAUCAUGACCGAGCUCUUACUGUAAGAGUAGAAAUUCCUCGGUAGAGGCUGCCUGAACCGUACAUGUGUGUGGGGUGUGUUCAUAAUCCUUUUUUUCCCCCUCUCUCGAACCAUAAUAGACUGAAAUACCAGAGAUUACUUACAUCUCAUGUCAUGCUUUCAUUUGAGAAAUUACAUACCACUCCUUCGGAAACAAAAAAAAAGGGAUUUUUUUUGACGCUCUCGAUUCUCAUGUUAACCCCGAAAGGUUUUGUAAGAUGACAUGUAAAUAAAGAGAUUUUUUUGUUUUUCAA